ACUUUCCUUUUUUUUAAUUUAAUUUUUUAAAAAAUUUCAUAGCAUUAUUUAAAAAUAUUUUCAUUAGAUUUUCAUAAAAUUCCCCAUGACAAUUUAAAUUUCUGAAAAUAUACUAUUUGUAUCGCCCACACAUAAGUUUACUUCACGUUACGUUAGUGAAACUAAAUGGUGCUAUAGUGCGACCACAAACAAAGCAGCCUCUCCCAGAGUAGCUGGCGCAUCUGGCACACCACCCAGCUGUAACAGACAAACAGAGCUGGUAGCCGGCGCCCCCCCAAACCCAAUCCACGAUGCGCAAGAGGCAUGCACAGACGGUGAUACACGGCGCAUUACUGUGAAACUAGUUGGCGGUUAGAAAAUUUUACUACUAACAGAGAUACAAAAGUGAGUGGUAGGUAUAAAAAGGUUGACUACCCCUUAUGUAACGUCACAGAUUUAGCUGGUGUUGGCCUUUAUGUUCAUCGAGUUCUUCCCAAGGACCUGGGAUGUAGUAAUGUAUUGGCAUAGUUAGUAUAUGUGUGGACGCAAGCAAUGGCCUUUUCAUAAUUGUUAGAUGAAAAAUUUUUAAAUGUGUAAUUUGUUGUUGUUCAAACCUUUUGGUGUGGCACCCAGUAUACCCAGUGUGGCACCCACACAAUCAUCCAGAUGUUUAGACUGCACCUGACAUUUUAUUUACCUGUCAUUAUCGUUGGUUGCAGUCAGCCAGAUGUUUAGACUGGAUCACGAUCUCGAUAAUGAGGACUUAUGAAAAAAGCAACAUGACACCAGGUGAAAGAAUGACGAAUCCGCAUAUAGACGAGAGGUCGAACGGCUAGCCUUGUGGUGCAACCAAAACAAUCUGGAACUGAACACACUCAAAACCGUAGAAAUGGUGGUAGACUUUAGGAAAAACCCUUCCAUACUUCCACCUCUCACAAUACUUGACAACACAGUAUCAACAGUAGAAACCUUCAAAUUUCUGGGUUCUAUCAUAUCGCAAGAUCUCAAAUGGACAGCUAACAUCAAAAACAUCAUUAAAAAAGGACAACAAAGAAUGUUCUUUCUGCGCCAACUCAGUAAGCUCAAACUGCCCAAGGAGCUGCUGAUCCAAUUCUACAGAGGAAUUAUUGAGUCUGUCAUUUGCACCUCUAUAACUGUCUGGUUCGGUUCUGCAACCCAACAAGAAAAACACAGACUUCAGAGGAUAAUUAGAACUGCAGAAAAAAUAAUUGCUACCAACCUGCCUUCCAUUGAAGACCUGUAUACUGCACGAAUCAAGAAGAGGGCCGUGAAAAUAUUUGCAGAUCCCUCACAUCCUGGACAUAAACUGUUUCAACUCCUACCCUCAAAACGACGCUAUAGAGUACUGCACACCAGAACAACUAGACACAAGAACAGUUUUUUCCCGAAGGCCAUCACUCUGCUAAACAAAUAAUUCCCUCAACACUGUCAGACUAUUUACUGAAUCUGCACUAUUAAUCGUUUCAUAGUUCCCAUCACCAAUCUCUUUCCACUUAUGACUGUAUGACUAUAACUUGUUGCUGGCAAUCUUUAUGAUUUUAUAUUGAUAUAUUGAUCAUCAAUUGUGUUGUAAAUGUUGUACCUUGAUGAACGUAUCUUUUCUUUUAUGUACACUGAGAGCAUAUGCACCAAGACAAAUUCCUUGUGUGUCCAAUCACACUUGGCCAAUAAAAAUUCUAUUCUAUUCUAUUCUAUUAGUUGCAGUUAUCACACACGUAAAAUCUGUAAAUUGUUUCCAGAACAGAGCACUGCGCGUCCCUACAGCUACAUUCACUUUCUUUAAAGGGGUUCUGACACCGCAUUGCACCCGCAUUUUGUAGUCAGGUCAGAUUAGAAGAGAGCGUGAAGGAGAAACUUAAAACAAACAGCCAAGAGAGGCGGGAGCAUUUUUUGAUUUCAUUUGGGGAAAUGAAAGAAAAUCAUUUCCCCCUUUACUAAGUCUCUGUUUCGUCAGCAUACACUACCCAUAAGUUAGCCCCAAGAAAUCACCACCUUGCCUCAGCGGAGGGAGGGCCGAAUAAGAGAACAUGGCCAUCUGGUAGUGCGUGCUCUGCUAGAGCCGUGUCCCCGCGCUGCAGCGUAGCAGGAAGGAGGCAGGGACGCCAACACCGAAACCGCUCUUGUCCCUAGAGGAGUGAGCAGAGCCUGGUAGGCGGGGCACACGCGGGAGCCGCGGCGGCAGCGUUGUCGCGGCGGGCGGUUCCCUGCGCUGCUGCAGCAGUGGGCGGUGCUGAUGCUGCUGAUCGGCCUGAGCCACAGUUAUCGAAGAGACAGCCGGAUCUCGACUAGGUUUGCCGUGGGACGUUCAGGAUGGAGUUGAGAACGCAACCGCCGUAAUGGUGUUGCCUCCAGCGAGCCUCACUUUCUCAGAGGAGAGAGGGCUCCCUCGGGGCUGAGGCGGCCUUUUUUUCCUUGCCUGUUUUCGCCCUCGAGUGGGUCUUUCCAGGGUUGCUUUUCAGUUCUUUUUUCCGGACUUGGGCUGCCGCAGAGAAGGGGCGACUUCGCCACCACUUUUGAAGCCACCGGUGGAAGAUGGCGUGGGUGCUGAAGAUGGACGAAGUAAUCGAGUCCGGUCUGGUGCACGACUUCGAUGCCAGCCUCUCCGGCAUUGGGCAGGAGCUGGGCGCCGGCGCCUAUAGCAUGAGUGAUGUUCUGGCACUUCCCAUUUUUAAGCAAGAAGACUCUAGCCUUCCAUCUGGUAAUGACACAAAACAUCCACCAUUUCAAUAUGUUAUGUCUGCUGCAACGUCCCCAGCAGUCAAACUGCAUGAUGAAACACUUACUUAUUUAAAUCAAGGUCAGUCCUAUGAAAUUCGGUUGAUAGAUAAUCGAAAAAUGGGAGAUAUGCCUGAGAUCAAUGGGAAACUCGUAAAGAGUAUCGUAAGAGUAGUAUUCCAUGACAGAAGAUUACAAUACACUGAACAUCAGCAACUAGAAGGCUGGAAGUGGAGUCGCCCUGGAGACCGAUUACUUGAUUUAGAUAUUCCGAUGUCUGUUGGAAUAAUUGAUAUAAAAACAAAUCGAAGCCAACUCAAUGCAGUUGAGUUUUUAUGGGAUCCUGGAAAACGCACAUCUGCCUUUAUUCAGGUACAUUGUAUUAGCACAGAAUUUACCCCUCGGAAACAUGGAGGUGAGAAAGGAGUUCCAUUCAGAAUACAGGUUGACACUUUUAAAGAAGCAGAAAAUGGAGAGUAUAGUGAUCAUCUGCAUUCAGCCAGCUGUCAAAUCAAAGUGUUUAAACCAAAAGGGGCAGACAGAAAACAAAAAACAGAUAGAGAAAAGAUGGAGAAGCGAACUGCCCAUGAAAAGGAAAAAUAUCAGCCUUCAUAUGAUACUACAAUUCUCACUGAGUGUUCACCAUGGCCUGAUACGCCUGCAUUUGUGAAUAGCCCUACCCCAAUGCCAGCUUUUACUUCUUCUCCACACACUACUUACAGUAUCCCAAACAGUAAUUCAUCAUCUCCAAAUCAUCAAGGAGAAGGCGUUUUCUUAGGUGGUGAGCAACUUCAUCCAUCAGCCACAAUCCAGGAAACCCAGCAGUGGCUGCUUAAACAUAGAUUUUCCACUUAUACAAGGGUGUUUUCUAAUUUCUCAGGUGCUGAUUUACUGAAGUUGACAAGAGAAGAUCUGGUACAAAUCUGUGGUCCUGCUGAUGGAAUUCGGCUUUACAAUGCACUUAAAUCAAGGUCUGUUAGGCCACGUCUAACAAUCUAUGUAUGCCAAGAGCAGUCAAGAAGUAUACGACUGGAAAGGCAACAAGACUCAGGCAAUGGAGAAAAGAAUGGUGCAAUAUUUGAAGACCCUUUCUUAAGAUAUUUUUUUAUUUUAGUUUACCAUGCAAUCUACUUGGAAGAAAUGGCUGCCUCAGAAGUCACUCGCAAGCUUGCUUUGGUGUUCAAUAUUCCUUUACAUCAAAUUAAUCAGGUUUACAGACAAGGUCCUACUGGUAUCCAUAUUCUUAUCAGCGAUCAGAUGGUCCAAAACUUUGAAGAUGAGAGCUGCUUCUCCAUUACCACAAUAAAAGCUGAAAAUGGUGAAGGUUUCCAUGUAAUUUUGAAGUGAUGUUGCCAUAUGUAUGUCAAACUGAUACUCCAAUUGAAAAAUGAAGUCAUCAAGAAUGGUAAAUAAUAUCAAGUGUCUUCAGGGAUCUGAUAUCACCAUAUAGAAUGUUUCAUAUUGAAAACGCAAGUUGACCUUGUAAUGAACUGUUUAGUAAAUGAACUUAUCACUGCCAUAGCCAAUUUUCCUCAUUAGAGGUAGAAAUGACCCAGCAGGCAUGGAAAAAAGCAAAGUGCAUAAAAGCGUUUGCCCUUUCUUGAAACAAAUAAAAUAGGCAAGGUAUGGCCAGUAUCGUGAAGCAUUACUGUUUCCUAUUACACUAUAUCCGGUUGAAUGUAAACUAAUAUUGGGCAUUUAUCUUCCUGUGCUAGUUUGUUAUUGCUUGCUUGUGCUUUUAUCUUGGUUUUAUUUUUUGAUGUUAGCAGAGCACAUAGUAACUUAUAUGGAGAUAAGUAAUAUGAUAAUAGCAAUCAGGUUUGGGAUCUUGAGCGUAAAGCUAUCAAAACAACAUUCUCUAUAUAAUACGUAUAUAAAAUGUGAAUGUAAGAAGUGUAAAUGUCAGGAUUUGUUAAAGUCCUAACCACAUGAAAAUUAAGCAUGCAUCAAAGCAUAUUAUCAUUAGUACCUAACUGAGAAAAUUAUAAAAUAAGAUCUCUGAGAUACAGUAUUUUUCUUUUCAACAAAUUCCUUGAGAAAAUUUGCCUAUGCAUCAUGUUUUUAGUAUCUUGAAUGAUACACUCCUGCAGUUAUGCCUUUUUUUAAAAAAAAUAUAUCUGUAAAUAGUGAUUUGAAAUUUCUUAAUAAAGAAAAGGAAAUGUAAUUGUCACCAAAAUUCAAUAUUUGAAAUUAAGCAAUGUUCCAUAAACCAAACAAUACUUUUAACAAAAUAUACCUGCACUUGCAUUUUCCCAUGUUCACUCCUACGUGACAACUUUCCCUUUCUGUUUUUUUCUCUGGCUGUAUUGGAAAGAACAGUCUUAGUGCCUAUUCCAUACAACCAAAUAUUUGACUAGCAGUUGCACAUCUUAAUAAACUGUACAAAUGUUUUCAAAUGUUACUGAAGAUCAUAGCAUUCUAGAAAAAUAAAUAUUUGACUCUUCUGGAUUGUGUAUUAAUAUAUGUGGUUGUUAGAAAUUAAGACACAAAAGGUAGAUUACUUCAUGACUUGCUUUUUUAAUCAACUUAAAUCUUGAAUGCUGUAGUGAAAGGGUGAAAAGCAAGUAAUGUUUUUAUUUCAAUUCCAUUUUUACUUAUGCCUAAAUGAAGUGCUUGAACUAUAUAAUUAUUCUAAAAAAGUCAGUUAAUACUUGUAUUUAGAUUAAUGUUCGUUCCCUUAUUUCUUCAUGGCCUGCACUGAUACGGAGAGAGAAUAGUUUGUGAGCAUAAAUGGUUUUUGAGUUAUUCUUGCCUAUAAAUUAUUUUUUAUUGUACUUGAGUGUCUUCAGUUCACUUGAUGUGUCAUGUCAACACAUUUUUCAAAUUUGUGGAGAAUCUUCAAAAAGUGUAAAAGUUGUACAAUAGUUUUGCUCAUUUGGAUUUAAUUAAUGGCACCAGCAAAUUGCUUUUUGUUUUUUGAUAUGAUACAUACAUUUCAAUUUCAGUAAAAACAUUUUCCAAUGAUGUUGUAAAUAUUAUUCUUUCACUUUUUGCAAUGCGUAUUGAAAACAUAGGUGCUGCUGAGAUAUAUAAUUUGGAGAAAUGUGUCAUCCCUUUCAGCUGGAACUAGAAUGUGCAGUGGCUUAUAAAAGAACUGUGCUUAUACUCUGCUCAGUUGAACUGGAUGUGCUGAAUAACUUUUUUUUAAAAAAAAAUACUGCUUAUAUUGACUUGCCACAAUAAGUUUUAAAUUUAGAUCUAACUAUGAAUGCCUUUAUUCACUAGUAACCAGUACCAAAUUUAAAUUAAAUACCUGUUUAAUAAUUUCAGUUUCAUGAAUCGGUCCAUUUCCGGCCUUUGGAAGGUCUCCAGAUGGGUGGGGAAGGCCAUUUUUGCCCUCCUCAAGCUCCUAGAAAGGCUCUGGCACCUGGGGAGAGCGAAAACGGCCUUCCGGUCCCACCAGAAGUCAGCAAAUGGGCUCUUUCUGGCUCCAGGGGGUGGGGAAGACUGUUUUUGCCCUCCCCAGGCUCCAAGAAAGCCUCUGGAGCUUGGGGAGGGUGAAAAACGGGCCUACUGGGCCCACCAUGUCAUCACGUGCCAAAAGCUGGGGGAGCGUGGGAGUUCACACACGCAUGCCUGGGGGGCGGGACACAUUGAAUUAUGGGUGUGGGCACACACAUGCACAACCCCCCCCCCUCCAGGCUCCCCCUGCUUUUGGCACGCAACGGCAAAAGGUUUCGCCAUCACUGCUCUAUACAAAUACAAAAAACAGUGUGUUCAAUAAGAUUGUUAUUUUAAAAUAUUUUAUUUGUAUUUAAAUCAUACAGGUAUUAGAAUGCAUUGCAAAUCUGUUUUACCUUUUAGCUGAAUAUAAUACUGUCUUCAAAUUUGGUGCUGAAGAAGCUUGAGAUGAUGUAUUCAGUAACUUUCAUUCUCUGUCAUGCUGUUUUCUUUAUUUAAAAAAAGUUGCUUAAAAAUGGUUUAUUUUUCCCAAAUAAAAGUUAAUAAAACUGUAUUCCUUUGUACAAGAAAAAUUUAAGGAGAUGGCAGAAAAUUGGAUUAGAUUGAAUAAUUUGCUUAAACUGUGGCUUACAGGUAUGUGACAAGCUUGUAUUUGUUGCUUUUCCUUCACAACUUCAAGGUGAUUAGAAAUCUUUAACUGCAAUUAAUUGAAAGCAAAACCCAGUAAAGAAACCCUGGUUAAGUCUAAUGCUUUGUAAAACAAUGAUUAAGUUGAUUUUAAUUAUUGAAUUAGCCACAGUUUAAAAUGAUCAGUGAUUAAAAAUGGAAACAAAUAUGUGAUUUCUUUCCAGUUACAAUGGGAUGAAUGAAAAUAAUGCCUCCAUUGUUGUAAAUUGCCAGUAGAUCACAGUACAAGUGCACAGUAAGCAAUGAGAUGUUCCUAAGCAUCUGCUCUUUCACUUUCACUAUGGAGAAAGAAUAAGUUGCUGUUUUUGAAAUGGAAGCUUACUUGAUUUAAGCACAUUACAAUUGAAUUUUAAUUGCCAAAGAAAUCUUUCCCCAAUUGAAACUCUCUACUGUUUUUUGUGGGGAUGAUGGUGUUGAUUUAAAUAUUCUCAUUGUAUGUUACAAUGAGAAGUGUUGAAUCAAAGACAACUGACAGAUCACUCAGAGAAAUUGCUAUCAAGUUUGACAUUUCACAAGAAAACACAAAUAGCAUUAUUGGUAGUCUUAAUACUGGAAGGCUUGUGCAAGAUGGUUUCCUCACAUGCUGAAAGCAGAACUAAAAUGUUCAAGACUUGAAAUUUGCCAGAAAUUGUUGAGGUGCUUCAAGAAUGAAACAGAAGAAUUUAUUCACAAUAUUGUGAAAGCCAUUGAAAUGCAAGUUUGUCAUUAAAAAUAAAAAUGUUAGUCCAUGGAUAAUACAAUGAAGAAGAAAAAAAUAAAAAUCAGAAUCCAGACAAACAAGAAAACUCAUGGCUAUUGUCUUCUUUGCUGCACAGAUAGCGGUACUCACAUAGAUUUGUUUGAAUUUGGCACCACUUGAUUACAUUGUAAUACUCUGAAUUUUAGACUUUGUACCUCAUGAGCCUCUGAAGAAGCAAGUGGUGAAAUCAGAUCUUGCCAUCUUAGCCGUCUACAGUGUAAUCAAGAAUUGGUGCCAGAUGACUUCCACAUUUUCCCAAUUUUUUAAAAAAAGUUUUUUAUUUUGAACACAUUAAAACACAAGACAAAUAUACAAUAUUUAUAUACAUAUCACUGUUUCUUAUCAGCUAUGAAAAUGGUCCUUUCUAUUUAUACAUAUUUUAAUUCUUAUUCUACUUUUCAUCUACAUUUUACCCUGUUCAAUUUUCUUAUCUUCCUUAUUUUCCAACCAUUCAACCAUGUACACCAGACCUUAUAAUAUUCUGUAUCCUCUUUUUCUUUGAUUUCUUUUGUGAGUUUAUCCAUCGCUAGGAUUUUCUUAAUUAAAUCUUCUUCUGUUGGUAGGUUCUCCUUCCAAUUUUGUGCGUAAGCUAUAUGUGCUGCUGUUAAUAUGUGUAGUAUUAAGUAUUGUGUAUCAUUUGUAUAGUUUUCUGUUGGGAUCCCUAAUAAGAAUUGUUCUGGCUCUCCCUUUAUUAAUUCCUGUAUUAUUUCCUCUAACCACUUUUUGAUUUUAGCCCAGAAUUGUUUUGCCACCAGACAGGUCCACCAGAGAUGAUAGUAUGUUCCAUAGUUACUCUUACAUUUCCAACACUUUGGUGAAUUACUAGGGAUCUUUGCUAUUCUAGCUGGUGGAAGAUGCCAUCUGUGAAACAUCUUCAUCUGGUUUUCCUUGUAUGCUGUCGAUACUGUCAAUUUCAUGUUUGUUUUCCACAUCAUUUCCCACUUCUCUAGUUCUAUUGUAUGAUUAAAGUUUAUUGCCCAUUUAAUUAUAGUAUCUUUCACUAUUUCCUCUUCCAUUUUAUACUCUAACAGGAAAUUAUAUGUUUUACUAAUUAAUUUUUGGUCCUUCCCAUAUAUUAUUUUAUCUAAUUCAUUUUGCUCCAAUUGUUUCUGGUUAGUCUUUGUAUCUUCUAUAUAUUUUGAUCUAAUUUGGAAGUACGUCCACCAUUCGACUUCUCUAUUCAAAUCCUGUUCCAAUUCUUGUUUUGUUUUUAACUUUCCCAAGUCAUGUACCUAAUUAUUUUAGUCCAAUCUAUUAAAUUUGGAUGUGUUAGUGUUUCACUGGGGGAAAUCCAAGUUGGUAUAUUCAUAUAGUGUUGCUUUUUAAUUUUAUUCCAAAUUAUUAAUGAAUUCCUAAUUAUGUGUUUUCUAAAAUACCCAUGAGUUUGUACUUUUCACCCCACAAGAAUGCAUGCCAUCCUAUCUGUAGGUUGUGACCUUCUAUUUUAAAAUUCUUUCCCAGCUCCAUGCUGCUUGAUAAUAGAUUUCCCAGUUUGUAGGGCUACUCCUCCCCUAUCUUUGGUAUCCUGUAGGGUUUUUAAUCUAAUUCUAGGCUUUUUUCCUUGCCAUAUAAAUUAUGAGGUCAAUCUAUUUAAUGAAUUAAAGUAAUUUUUUUCUAUUCUUAUUGGUAUAACCUGGAAGAGGAAUAAAAUUUUGGGCAAGAUAUUCAUUUUUAUUGCUGCCACUCUUCCCGUCCAUGAAAUUUGUAAAUUUUUCCAAUUUUCCAAAUCUUUCCCAAUUUGCAAUAUUAAUUUGUCAUAAUUAUAUUUUUUAAUUGAGGAACCUCUUGCUGUUAGCCAAAUCCCUAGAUAUUUUAUUUUAUUGUUGUUGUCUGAAUGUUCAUACUAUUUUCUAAUUCUGUCUCUUGUUUUUUGUAAGGUUUUUUGUUAGUAAUUUGGAUUUCUUCCUAUUGAUUUUUAAACCUGCCACUAUGCCAAAUUCUUCUAUUUUUUUAAUCAGUUUGGGGCCUGAUUUUAAGGGUUCCUCAAUUAUAAAAACCAUAUCAUCUGCAAAAGCUUGCAGUUUAUACUCUUCAUUUUUCAAUUCUUUUAUCCCCCAAUCCUCCCUAAUUUUUUUUAAGAGUGGCUCCAAUGAUAGUAUAAAGAGAAGUGGGGAAAGUGGGCAUCCUUGUCUUACACCUUUUGUUAUUUCAAAUCUAUCUGUCAUGUCUUGGUUAAUAAUCACACUUGCAGUUUGCUUUGAAUAUAUUUUUUCAAUCAUCUUUUCAAAUUUGGAUCCAAAUUCCAUUUUUUAAUUUGUUGUAUCAUGAAUCUCCAAUUCAAAUUAUCAAAAGCUUUUUAGGCAUCAAGGAACCAGUGAAAUUUGUUUCUCUAGGUGUACUUCAUAAUACUCUAAUAUGUCAAUUAUGAGGUAUUAUUUUUGAUCUGUCGACCAGGCAGGAAGCCAUUUUGAUCUGAAUGUAUAUAUUUAUUUAAAAUUGUUUUUAACCUUUCAGCAAUAAUUGAUAUAUAUAUUUUAUAGUCAGAAUUCAAUAAAGAGAUAGGCCUGUACUAAUUGCUGGUCUGUGUCUUCCUUAGGUAUAAGUAUAAUUAAUGUUUCUGUCCAUGUAUGGGGUAUGUUUGUAUGUUAUAAUGCUUCGUCUAAUAUUUCCAGCAUUAAUCCUCCUAUUUGUUUUUGAAUACUCCUAUAUAGUUAACUGGUAUUCCAUCUGGACCCGGCGUUUUAUUGUUUUUUUGUCUUUUAAUUGCAAUCCCGAAUUCUGUUUCAGAGAUUGGUCGGUUUAAUACUUCUUUCUGUUCUUCUGUUAAUUUGCAUAUAUUCAUUUCCUCUAAAUAAUUUUGAAUUUCUGCUUCUGUUGUUUCUUCCUGUGUAUAUAGUUUCAAAAAGAAAGUAUGUACUAUUUGUUUCUUAUUUUCUCUUUUGUAUUAGAUUUUCCCUUCCUCAUAUUUCAAAUGUUGAAUUGUUCUUUUAUCUUUUUCCUUUUUUAAUUUAUAGGCUAACCAUCUGCGCACUUCGUUUGCAUGCACAAAAUAAUUUUGUUUGGCCAUCUUUAUUUUCAAUACCACUUACUCUUGAAUUAUCAGAUUUAAUUUAUGUUUAAUUAUUCUCCUUUCCUCUUUUAUUUUUUUAUUUUGGGGAUCUUUUUGCAAUUCUUCUGCUUUUUUAAGUUCUUCCUGUAAUUUGUUUUGGUGGGACCUUUUCACUUUUCUUUUCUUUUUUUUGUCAUAUAUACAAUCGUCACCCCUCUAAUAUAUGCUUUUAAUGUAUCCCAAAGAUUUUGGAUCGACAUAUCUUCUUUUUUAUUUAUACUUAAGAAAAUCUCCAAUUCUUUUUCCAGGAUUUCCUAUAUUCUUUCUAUUUACAUAUAUUUUGGUUUAAGGUCCAUCUUUUAUAUCCUUUUUGUCCUUUCCAGUAGAUGAUUAUCGGAUUAUGGUCAGCCUAUUCAUUUGUUCCUAUUUCUAUUUUUUCUAUUUCUAUUUGCAAUUCUGUUGUCAUCCAGGCCAUGUCAAUUAUGGACCAUGAUUGAAUAAUAUGUAUAUUGCCUUUCUUCUUUGUGAAUUUCUCUCCAUAUGUCUCUUAACCUUAGUUCUAAUGCCAUGUUAAAGAAUUCUUUGGGUAAUAUUUCUUUCUUUUUUAAAUUUUUUCUUAUUGCUAUGGUAUGCUUUAGAAUUAUAAUUUCUUUCCCUUUAUAUGUUACAACCUCUUCUCUUGAUUUUUUAUAAAUUUCAUCUCUUAUUGGGUUUUUUUGGUGAAUCUUAUGUGCACUUCCCAUGCUAAGCAAUGCCUUUUUAUAUAAUUGUGUGUACUUGAUAGAUUUCAUCUAUGGUACUUCUUAUUUCCGAUUCAUCUCUCUGUACUAGCUCUGCUAUGAUUUUGACCAUUUUUCCCCCAGGUCUUCCUCUUUUUCUUCCAUAACAUUCUGGAAGCGCAGGAAAAAUGAUGUCUUCUCCAUUUCCAGGAAAGCGAUUGAAUCCACUAAUUCUUUAUUCGAUUGUGAUGCCUUCUGCUCCACCAUUUCUACUUUGAGGUCUAGUUGGUCCACCUUGGUUUUUAUUUUUAUAACUUUUUGCUCAUUUCCUGCAACUGUAUGUUGUAUAUUUUCCAUCCUUUCCUUCAUAUUUUUUAAAUCUUCCUUUACUUCUCCUAUCUCAUUUCUUGAUGGUGUUUCCUGGCCUCUUCUUGGUUAUCUGCCAUUUUUCUUGGAUCUUCAUCAGUGUCUCUUGAAUAAUUUGGAGCAUAUUUUGUAUACUCUGCAUUGUCGAUUCCGUUUUGUUUUUUUCUUUCUCUGACAUAUUUUCAAUUGACCCUUGGGUUGUGGAGAUGCUGUAGAUGUUGGAUUAAAGAUGGGCUUUUUCCUGGUUCUUGUUACUAUUGAUGUGGUUGACAUUGUUAAAUUUCUUGUAAGAUUUUUCCACAAUAUCAUAAAAAUAUAAUCUUCUUCCCCUAAUUCCUAUAUAUAUAUAUAUCAAUUCCUUUAAUUAAUUAUUUACCACCAAACAAAUCAAGCUCUACCUUUCAAUUACUCUUUAACAGUCUUCCCCCCUUUUUUCCCCCCAGAUCAAAUUGGCUAAUCAAUUAAUUAUUCAAUUAAAUAUUAUAAUCUUCUUCAAGUAUUUUCACUAUAAUUAUUAUAUAUGAUCAAAUAAUUAAAAUAUAUUCUCCCCUUUAAUUCUUUCAGCACUUAUCCAAACAGUUCUUUAAAAUUAAGUUGUUCUUAAUUGUAUAUUUUUAUAACCUCUCCUUUUUCAAGUGUUAUCAACAAACCAAGUAUUUUCCCUCCCAAAUAAUAAUUUUAUCAAUGUAUAUAUAUUAACUAUAUUGAAUUCCAACUGGAAUUUUCCCAAAAUUGAAGGAGUAUCUUCACAGAUGUUUGCUUUGCUGGCAAAUGUAUUGUCAGGAGUUCUUGAACAGAUUAUGACAUUAUUUUGUGAUGGUUUUAAUAAAUUCCUUUGUUGACAUAUAUUCAUAAUGAAUGCAGAUUAUGUUGAGAAAUACAGUGCAUUCAGAAAGUAUUCAUACCCCCUUCAUUUGUCAAUUUUUUUAUGCUGCAGCCUGAUUCUACAGUUGUUGUAAUUCAUUUUUUCCUUAUUAAUCUACACUCAUUACCCCAUAAUGGCUAAGUGAAAAAAGAAUUUUAGAAAUGUCUGUAACUUUAUUAAAAAGAAAAAAUGAAAUUAUCACAUUACCAUAAGAAGUCAGACCCUUCACUCAGUAUUUUGUUGAAGCAUUUUUGACAGCAAUUACAGCCUCGAGUCUUUUUGGGUAUGACGCAACAAGCUUUGCACAUCUGGAUUGGGCGAUUUUCUACCAUUCUUCCUUGCAAAUCUUCUCAAACUCGGUCAGGUUGGAUGAUGACUGUCAGUGGACAGCCAUUGUUGGGACGCUUCAGAAAUGUUCAGUAGGGUUCAAAUCUGGGCUCUGGCUGUGCCAUUCUAGGACAUUCACAGAGUUGUCCCUAAGCCACUCCUGUGUUGUCUUGGCUCUGUGCUUAGGAUUGUUGUCACGUUGGAAAGUAAAUAUUCAGCCCAGUCUGAGGUCUUGAGCGCUGUGGAACAUGUUUUCAUUGCUGUCCCUGUACUUUGUUCCAUUCAGCUUUCCCUCAACUCUGAUCAAUCUCCUGUCCCUGCUGCUGAGAACACUCUCACAGCAUGAUUAUGCCACCACCAUGCUUUACUGUUGGGAUGCUAUUAUGCAGGUGAUGACUGGUGCCUGGUUUCCUCCAGACAUAACUGUUUGUUGAGGCCAAACAGUUCAAAUCUUGGUUUCAUCAGACCAGAGAUUCUUGUUCUUCACAGUCCUGGAAUCCUUCAGGCACUCUUUUUUGCAAAUAGUUGCAGGUUUUUCCAUUUCUCCAAGUCUAAUCUGAUUUGUUGGAACAAUUUCGUAUAGUUAUUUUCUUUAAUAGUUGCACAUCUUGCAACUAUUGUGACUGAAUUCUUAAGUAUUUAACUUUCAGAUAUAUAUUUGAAUAUAUAUCUUCUCCACCAGCACUUUUUUCUUUUGUUUCUCUGUAACAUUUUUUAUUAGUAUUUUAGUUUUCUCUUUAUUCAUUUUCAGACAGUUCAGCAACUUCACUAUAUUCUGCUAUCAUUUUUAUUAACUUGGAUCCAGUUUCUUGUGGUUCUUCUAGGACAGGGGUCUGUAACCUUAAACACUCAAAAAAGCCGCUUGGACCUGUUUCCCACAGAAAGCAAAAUACCUGGAGCCACAAAAUCUGGGCGGGCGUGGCUCACUCAUUCCCAGUCACAUGACAUCCCUCCCCAGCCAUGCCUACCCAGAUUUUGUGGUUCCAGAUGUUUUCUAUGGGAAACAGAUAUCUCUCUCCCCCUCCCAUCUCUCUCUCCCUCCCAUCUCUUUCUUUCACCCUCUCUUUCAUCUCUAUCUCCCUCUCCUUCCCUCCAUCCCUCUCUCUCAUCUUUCUCAUAUCUCUCCCAUCUCUUUCUCCCUCUCCCUAUCUCUCCCAUCUAUCUCCCUCCCUCUCUCAUCUCUCUUUCUCAUCUCUCCCUCUCUCAUCUCUCUCCCCGCCAUGUCUCUCUCUCUCUCUUUCUUUCUCUCUCUCUCUCUCUCUUGCUCUCUGCCUCUUUUCCUCCCUCCCUGGAUGCCCCUGAAGACAGGACAGGCAAAGUACGGGAUGACACCCCCACAUCACCAAGGCAGAAUCCACUGAAUCCUUACAAAACUGGGCAAAGGCGGAGAGAGGGAAGCCGACAGAAUCGAAUUGAGCCAAAUCUGUCUCUCUGGAACCACAGCAAAGUAGAUAACUGACUUCUUGGUAAGCUAGAAAAAAGUAGGAUAGCAUCAUCAUCAGAUGCUGACAAACUGUGGACUGACUCAACGAGUAGUCCUUAAUGGUACUACACAGGGGUGAAAUGUAAUUUUUUUUUACUUUUAAAAGCAUUUUUUCUGCAACCUUUUUGGCCUAAGAGGUUGUAGAAAAAAUGCUUUUAAAAGCCUCUGAUAAUCAGGCAACUUAGCUGGGAUUGCCAGAGAAGCCUUUUAAAAGAAUUUUUUCUACAACCUCUUCUGCUAAAGAGGUUGUAGGAAAAAAAAGGUUUUUAAAGGGUUCUGAUGAUCCCAGCUGAGUUGCUUGAUUGCCAGAACCAUUUAAAAGCAU